CAACACGAAAUGUCACUUUAACACUGCGUUGGACGAUAACAGGAACUAAUUCUAACUUAUUUUUGAUCUAAUUCUUCUUACGUUUCCAUUAUACAUUAGAAAGUAAACCUCAUUUAAGUAGUGAGUGUAGCAAUAAAAAUAUCAGUGGCCUGUACUCGUGCAAUUGUAUUAUAAAAUGUUAUGAUGGCUACCUACGAGAAUUGGUCAGGUCGACGGAGAGGUAAACAAGGUGGCGAUUUAUAUAGGUUAGACACUAAAAAUAAAUCGCCUGAAGAAAAUAUAAAAGAAAUUAUACAGGGCUUAUACUUGAAGAAGACAUUUAAUAAUGAUACUUCACCAACCAAUAAGAAUAUGCCCAUGGAUUUUAAGACUGGUUUACGGAAUGUGCAGAAAAAUGGUUCUGAUUCCUACAGACAUUCUUGUUUAAAUGCUUUAGUUGUGUUACUAUCGAAAGAAGAUAGAAAUAAUUUAGGAUUUUCAACUGAUGAAUUAAUGACAUGUAUUCGAGCAAGCCUUGUGGAUGAGUCUAUGGUUAUCAGAGCUGCAGCAUUACGAGCUCUAAGAUAUUUGAUCAAAACCGAGAGUGAUGUUGCCACAUUCAACAUAUUGAAGUUAACACAUAUUGUCACAAGAUCCAUGGAUUUAAUGUUGCGAAAUGAAGAAGAGCGAGCACAAGCUCUUCGAGUCGUGCGACGUGUUAUAGCUGUAGUUGGUGCAGCAGAGCAGCCAUUACGUUGUCACAGAUCAGCAUAUAUUGACCAGGGCUUGCUUAGAUGUCUAACGGCCGUGGCUCGUGCUGGCAGUGCUGGGGACGGUACUGGGGAUAGGCUCUCUCGACCAGCUGUUGCAACAUUAGCUGAGAUCUGUGUCCUAAACCCUGAUCUGUUUAUCUCGUGCGGAGGAGUUAAUGCAGUGAUCCGUCAAUUGGCUGAAUGUGCGACACCCCGUAUGGCGGAGGCUCUCUGUGGUGUCUUACUACAUACACUGAAUGAGCCUUUGCCUCGGAGAGCAGCUAGAAUAGAUCUUACCUGUCUCAAUUCACCAUACUGUGAUUUCCAUUGUCGACCUGCGGGAACUGAUUCAAAUAGGGACGAACGUGAGAUGCGCUUCACUUGCAGCAGACUGUCCUUGCUGUGCGUACUGCGCAGCUGGCCGGGCUUGCUGCACUUCUGCAAUCCCUGCAGCAAGGGCGGCCUGCGGGCGUUGGUCAGCGCUCUAUACUUGCCGCGGUUAGAGGUCCGAAAAGCCAUAUUGGAUUUGUUGUAUGAGUUAGUUGGACUACCGCAACCGGAGUGGACAGAUGAGAUUUCCGUGGCCUUAGAUGCUGUUGAUCCAUCUGAUUUUCAGGAUUCCUGGCGUCUAAACGAAGGCUUCGUGGCAGCUGAAGGCACCGCUAUUCUACCUCAUCUCAGUGCGACUGGACCGGAUAUUAUUGAAAUUCAUCUUGCUCUAUUACUUCAAUGCUUCCUGGAGGCUGGACUUCUCGAUGGAUUAGCGGAAGUAAUAGUGACAAGUGAUACAUUUAUAUCUGUCCGUGCUACCGUGCUGUUAGGCCAACUAUUGCAUUUAAUACACAUGUUUCUACCUCCACAAAUAUGUAAUUUAACGCCUGCGUUACCCACAUUGUUGUCACAAGCGUCAGCGGGCAAGCCUCAAGCGUUAGCGGCUGUCGCUGCCUUAAGAAGACUGCACUCCAUGCUAGAGGCGCGCCCGGCUAGCAACAGCUUGUUCCUAGACCACAUCAUACAGUACUGCAGUGGCGCAUUCCGACACAAAAUAGAAGAUAUGACGAAAAGUCGAAAGGAAAAGGACAAUGCUAACAUGGCGAAGCCGCAUCACGAACUGUUAGUACAUAAAGAGAGUAGUAUCGAGUUUCUCAACGAAUCUGAUAACGAAAACGAACCGAAACAGAGGCAUAGUGUCGGCUCCCGAGCUGAUGUUACCAGCAGGAAUGUUAGUGCACUAGUGAAAAGCAAAAGUGUUAGUUCUCGGACUAGUUCAGUAGGAAAAGUGUCCAAAUCGGCAAAGUUUUUCAGUUUAUUUGAACGUGAUAGUGAUAGUUGGAUACGAUCGAGUCUUGUCAUGCAGAGCAAGGAUGGCAACACAUGGGACUGGGAGAUUAUACGAACGAUAUUAAAGGAAUCGGAUGGUGCGCCGUUAUUGAAUUUGAACGACAGUGGACACAAAGCGUGGGCGAGUCGCAUCAUAAGUUAUCUUAAACCUUCAUCCAACAAGUAUUCACAUACAGAUCUAUCGACCACAUCCAAUGGACAUUCCGCAACACGGGCUGGAUGUCAAUUAAUUAGACAUUUGCUGCAGCAUAAUGACGCUGAUUCUCAGAGGAUGCUAGAAGAACUGUUUAUGGAUGUGAGCAAACAGAUAGAGGCUAUAGAGACAGGUCGUAAGGCCCACGAGUGUCUCUUCAGUCCUCAGCACAUGUGCAACACUAUGUGCCAAAUGUAUUUCCUAUUUAUAGGACAACUCUGCCACUCGCAAGUCGGUUUGAAAUUAUUCAAACAAACAGGGCUUUAUGAUAAUCUUCUAGAACUUUCGACGAAAACACAUCACAGUUGUUACGUCAAACUCGUUAUAUCGAGUUUGGACUAUACAUUAGACUCUAGUCCUCGGGAUGUUUUGGCUAAAACACUAACUUGCACCAUACAAGCAUCAAGAUUGUACGCAACACAAUUUCUCAACGUCCUUCUAAGAGCUUCUAGAAGCUCCCGUGAACUUGUAAGAAAGAAAUCUAAAUUAAAGAAGAAUUACACUCAAGAUCAAUGGAAACAUGUUUAUAGAGAUGAUGGUGAUAGUAAUGCAGUUGAUAUGGACACGUGGGUACUACAAAUGUUGGUUGGGCAAGUUAAAGAUGAGUCUAAGAAGGUUGUCAAAUGUGCUUUAUCUAUAUUGGAGGAAGCAUAUAGUGUUCCCGCGUUCCUAGAGAAACUGAUGACAAUGAAAGACACCCUUGGUCAGAACUGCCGACUGGACAGAAACGCUGAUCCUUCGACUUUGGACUUUAGCUCCGUUGGUGAUAGAGGCUAUCUGAUAUGGCUGGGUCUAGAAGUUGCGGCAACCGUUCAGACCGGCGAUACACAAUCUAUAGCAUUUUUAAAGAGACAUUUGGAUUUUUGGGCUAAAUCUUACAACUACAGAUACGUGCGUUUGGUGGAGGCGGGCGUGCACGAGGCGCUGUCGGUGUGCGAGGGCGUGCGUCGGCCGCGAGCGUCGCGUCGCGCGGUCCGCACGCCGCCGCAUCUGCUGGCCGCGCUCGCCGCCGCGCACCCCGCGCACGCCCCACACCCCACACACGCCGCGCACCCUGCACACCCCGCCAACAUGGCCGCCGUGCAGCUGCGGGGUCUCCUAGCCGCCGCACUGCCUCCGCACUACAAGGUAAUCCAAGGCAGGAAGUGCAGUACGGAGCAAGAGAUAAUGGAGCUGAAGGCGUCGCUGUGGGCGGUGGGCAGCGCGGCGCUGAGCGGCGCGGGGCUGCGGCAGGUGGCGGCGGGCGACGCGCCGCGCCUCGUCGUGCGCCUCGCCACCUCCACGCCGGUCUACUCCGUGCGCGCCACCGCCUUCUACGUGCUUGGACUCUUCGCCACCACCUUCGAAGGCGCCAAUAUACUCUCCGAUUUAGGUUGGAUAUCUGUAAGACAUACACGUCACGAUCAAUUCCCUAUAAUACCAGACGAGAGCUACCCGCCAUCUUGCGAUCCCACUAUAGACGGCAACUAUAUAACAUCACCUGAACGAAGAUAUAAUGCAUUCGAUAUAGAACUUAGCGAACACUCCGAUCAUACAGACUUAAGUACAGCAGAAAGCGUACAUUCAGAUACAAAACAUGGAAGUAAAACUAUAAUCGACCAUGAUGUUGACUUUAAAACCCCUUACAAUGAAAGUCGACGCGAAGUCAGUAAGAGAAAAUCCCAUACUUUGCCCACACAAGGAUGCUCCACUUCACAUGAUAGACCGGCGUUAACUGAAUCUAGGACUGUAGAUAUUCUAAGAGAUUGUUCGAGUUACGAACGACCUGGACCACAUCGGCAUUUCGAGAACAGAUUGUUAUUAGGACGAAUGAAUUCUUUGGAACAUCAUGAGGGUAGAGUUAGAAAUACGAGUGAGUCGAGUACGAGCGGCGUCAGUAGUUGUGAUUCGGCCGGCGGGAAAUAUGCAAUACCUGACAGGAUAUUAACUCUGAGUCCAAUACCAAGUUCGUCCAGCCUGUACGGUAUGAAGAGUAGCAGCAGCUCUCACCGGCCUCGGAUGUCCGAAUCACAACGGAGAACUUCCACUUCAAGUUUUUCAACAUGUGAAGUGGCCAGUUCCCCUCCAACACAAAUGGAUAUGUCAGGUUAUGCUACACUCAAGACUAUCAAUAAACAUAGAAGGCCACACUUGUCGGAGAGCGCGGCAUCUGGUUCCAGCGAGCUGGAGGAACUGACCUGGCUGCUGACGGACACGCAGCGCCGCUCCAAGCCCUUCUCUUCCUUACGCGACAGGGCCAAGUCCACCAGGGAGAGGAUGACCAAACUAAGUCUCCUAGAUUACGAUUGGAAGCCACUCCCACUGUCGGAAGGGGGGCGGACAUCUCCCCCUCCCGCAGCGCGCGACACCCCGCGACGCGCCCCCCAUCCCGCUCACCCCCCGCAUCCCGCACAACCCCCACACCCCACGUACCCCGCACACCCACCGCCCUACAUCGGCAUCUGUCUGCCCAAGGACCUAAAAGAACUGUUUCCCAAAGAUGAAGAAGACAAAGAAGACAGUGAAAUGGAGAAAAGAGUACCAUUUGGUCGAACCGGAGUAAAUCUAUUCCCAGCAGAGUAUAGUAAUACAAGUACUGAGAAUAAAUCAAGAAACACGCCAGAACAUCAUGCGGUCCUUCAUAAAGAUAUGGCAACGUCGGUUCCUGCUUCUAUACCACGGACUACAGAGGGAAAUGUAACAACUGCUGGCAACACUGAUACCAGUUUCGAAACCCAUGAAGAUAUUAAAAUACCAAAACAAGAAACAAAGAACAUUGUUAAAAUCGAUUCAGGAAAAACUUACGAUGAUAUUAAAGUUGAUAAAACAUUAAAUUUGGACAAAAUACAAGAAAGAUCAACAGAAAAUCUAAAUGUUACAAAAACUGACAAUAUUGAAAAGGUCAGUUCGCCUGAUCAUGUUUUAAAAAGUUUUCCAGGGAGUGUUCCUAAAUCUGCUAAUUUACUUGACAAGGUUGCAACAAGGGUUAGGUCACCCGAGAAGACUGGAAGUGCCUUAGAUUCAUCAAUAUCGGAGAAGGUCAAUGUAAAAGCUGGACUGGGUUCCCGAUGGAGGCAUUCCACUAACGACUGCCUCGCUUGCGUCAAAACAAGACCGCCUUCUUCACACGAGUUACGAGAAGCUUUUUUUGCUGCUAUGGAAAGCCCUAGUAAUAGUGUUCCUCCUGAUGUUCGGAGUAGAUCUGUCAGUCCGGCAAGUGAUACAUUAUGCCCUCAAGCAGAAGUCUUGCAUCACGUACAUUUCAUGUCGAAUCCCAUACAUCUAAAACAGGCGCGUUCAACUUUAAUAUCAUUAAAGCAACGCUACCCUGAGGUAUUCCGGAGCCCGUGUGUGUAUUCAGACGUAUGCGCGCUGCUCGCUCGGGACACAUACAUGUUAUGCGCGCGACGCUUCCUGCAGGAACUGUUCCUGGAUGUCAACUUUGAUUGCUUUGCCCAUGAGCCCAUUAAAGUGCUAUCAAGACAUGGUGCGAUACUCUCACCGACACAAGUGAAACCUUAGUGCUUACGAUGGUAGUGACACCAUAGUGCUUACGAUGCAAGUGACACCGUAGUCCUUAUGAUGGAAGUGACAACAUAAUCCUUAUGAUGCAAGUGACACCAUAGUGCUUAUGAUGAUGACCAUUGGAAAUGAUGAAUUGUUCAGUGGUGUGCUUAUGUAUGAAUUGCUCGACUUUAGGAUCUCUGUCUCCUCAUCCCAAGGUAUUAUUAUUUAACUUAUGUCCUUUUGCAGUCCUUAUAUACAGCUUACUCGAAAAGCAGUUGUCGAGUUUCUAUCAAUGUAUGAUCAAUAGAUAAUUUGAAAAUUAUGUGAUUUACAUAUCAAGUAAAUGGGGAAAGGAACUGAGAUAAUGUUGUAAUAUAGAUCUUUACUGUAUGCAAUAUGGUGUGUAUACCUUAACUGUUGUUUAUUAAAAACAGCCACAUAAUUAAAAAAAAAAUUGUUGAUGUAAAAUGUUUGAAUUGCAUUAUCAAAAGGCCUUAGCAUUAGUUAGUUGCAGGACUACAUUUAGAUUUUAUAUCACAGGAGCUCAUAGUUUUGAAGUUAUUUAUGCUUACAUAUUUUUUUUCCACAUCUGUCUAAAUUCAAGUGUUUUUUGAUCCUUUGAUUGCAAUAUGUGGACUAUUUUUGUAAAGAUAUAAAUUAUUUAGAAACUAUGAAAACUUUUUUUUAUAAAAUUUAAAUGUAAUGUUUCAAACUCGCAAGCCUGUUUUAUUAUUUAA